UUCUGUCGUCUUAUAACGCUUGUUUGGUGUUCUGUUGAACACCGGCUACGGUGUGUUUCCGGGUCGUUACAUAUCGGAUAUGAUCAUAAAUUGUUCUGUGCUAGAAAAAAAAAUACCAUUUGUGGCGGUGCUCAGUGACCGGAUUCAACCAAACUCGAUCAUAGCGAUCAAACAUGGAGCAAAAUCGAUUCAAAGUGCAAACUGUUAUACAAAUUAAAAAUGGCACAGAACCAACGGCCAAGUUCCGGCGCAUAGAUGACGAAGUGAGGGUGAAUGUGCCAGAUCUGAAAAACCGCAACAGGGUGGCUCCGGCACCCGAGUCGGCCGAUGCUCGCCGCGUCAGUAUCAUGGGAGUCACUAGAGACCCGUUGCCAAGGUUGGAUCACUAUCGAACGUCGGUGCGAAAAAACAAACGGCCCUCGAUUGGUGAACUGCAUGGAGACAGUGACGCUAAAGAUAAGAAACAGGAACCGGAUGCGGAAGAUACAAAGCCAUCCGGACCCCUUAUUAGGCUAGGCUGGGUCCAAGGAGUGCUGACACCAUGUCUUCUCAACAUCUGGGGAGUUAUGCUCUUCCUGCGACUCAGCUGGGUUGUAGGCGAAGCCGGAAUCUUCGACACCAUGCUGAUCAUGAUACUGUCCUAUACGGUGUGCGUAAUCACUACCCUAUCACUGUCGGCCCUGUGCACCAAUGGUCAAGUCAAAAGUGGUGGCAUAUACUACAUUAUUUCGCGAUCGUUGGGUCCGGAAUUCGGAGCCUCCGUAGGUGUGGUGUUUGCUUUUGCUAAUUCGGUCAAUGCGUCCAUGAACACGAUCGGAUUUUGCAGCUCUUUGAAUGAUCUUCUCGCUUCAAACGGAGUGAAGAUAAUAGACGGAGGUGUUAAUGAUAUUCGUAUUGUCGGAACUAUAGCGCUCUUCGUCAUGGUGGCUAUCUGUGCAAUCGGUAUGGAUUGGGAAGUAAAGGCACAGAACUUUCUACUGGCAGCGAUCCUCAUCGCUAUUGGAACGUUCGUCGUAGGAGCAGUUAUGGGUCCCACUGGCGACGUAGAUAGGGCCAAAGGUUUUCUUGGAUUCUCUACGGCUGUAGUAGCAGCCAACAUGGGACCCUUGUAUCGAUUCAGCGAGGGUAUCCAGCAAAAUUUCUUCAGUGUUUUUGCCAUAUUUUUCCCGAGUGUAACCGGAAUUCAAAGCGGUGCUAAUAUCUGCGGAGAUCUAAAAGAUCCUGCCAGUGCGAUCCCAAAAGGAACACUUCUGGCUUGUCUCGUGUCGGCAAUUUCCUACGUCGGAUUUUCCAUCAUUGCUGGUAGUGUGGCUGUUCGAGACGCAUCCGGCAAUCUAACGGAUCUGGUGGGAGUCAAUUUCACUUCUUGUGAUACAGUUCUUAACAACUGUCACUAUGGACUGAACAACGACUACUCUAUAAUGCAGCUGAUUGCUGCCUCUAGCAUACUGAUCUAUAUUGGAUGUUGGGCCGCUACACUCAGCACUGCGUUGACCAACCUUCUGUCCGUUCCUCGUCUAAUCCAAGCCCUUGGAAUCGAUCGAAUCUAUCCAGGCUUGAUAUUCUUUUCCAAAGGCUACGGAAAGCAUUCGGAACCAUAUCGUGGCUAUGUCCUUGUUUUCCUUGUCUCAUUCGCAUUCAUAAUGAUUGCUGAUCUCAACACAAUUGCUCCGCUGAUAUCGAAUUUCUUCUUAGCAUCGUACGCUUUGGUGAACUUCUGCACAUUCCACGCCGCUACGGUGAAACCGUUAGGAUGGCGCCCAACCUUCCGGUAUUAUCACCCCUGGUUGAGUAUGGCUGGAUCAGUGCUGUGUGUGGCCAUCAUGUUCCUCAUCGAUGUGGUAUCGACAUUUGCAACCAUUCUGAUCAUAUUCGUUCUGUACCUAAUGGUAACCUACCGCAAACCGGAUGUCAACUGGGGAUCAUCGACUCAAGCUGCGGCGUACAAAUCAGCCCUGAAUUCCGCCCUCAAUCUGGAACAAGUAGGAGAUCACGUUAAGAACUACAACCCACAGUUGUUGGUUCUUUCGGGUAACCCACAGCAUAGGCCAAGCUUACUGAAUUUUGCCAACUUGAUCACCAAAAAUCAGUCGUUGAUGAUCGUGGGCAACGUGGUGGAAGAGAAACUGAACUACAAACAGCGAAAGGCAUUAAUUCAAACCGGCAAGCAAGCACUGAACGAACUGAAAAUCAAAGCGUUUUACAACAUUUUAGAUGGUCUUCCAUUUGAUGAAAAUGUUCGAGCAAUGAUUCAAUCUUCAGGUUUCGGUCGUCUAACACCAAACAUCCUGAUGAUCGGGUACAAGGAGGAUUGGCGAAGAUGCGGCUAUGAACAACUUCAUUCCUAUUAUAACGUUCUACACAACGCGUUUGAUAACCGAUUGGCACUGGCCAUUCUUCGACUUCCGAACGGGCUUGAUUGCUCGCAUAUGGUUUCAUCGAACCCUGCGAUGGAUCUGGCCGAUUCCGCACUGAACGUCAUGUCAACAAUGGCACUCAGCAAUACACCGGACAGACGGCGAAUCCAGAAAGGAGGGCUGCCGGUCAACUCAAACUUGGAUCUUAGCGAAAUAACAGCGAGCAACGAGCAGAUCAGUGUGAACGUUCCAAACGAAGCACAAGGACCAGUCUCCAACUCCGCUGAACUAACCAAAGAGCUAAGCAUGUUCCGAGAAAAACAACCGGCAGGUUACAUCGAUGUAUGGUGGCUGUACGAUGACGGUGGCCUCACAGUUCUGCUGCCGUACAUCAUUUCCACUCGGUCAAAGUGGUCCGAAUGUAAAAUACGAGUAUUCGCCCUUGCCAGUAAGCUGAGUAAAAUUGAGGAAGAACGCGCAAACAUGACAAUUUUGCUUGAAAAACUUCGCAUCAACUACGUAUCGCUGAUUAUGGUCACCCUAUCGGACAAACCGCAAGAAGCUACAAUCCACGCCCACCGGUCGCUGCUCGGUACCCUGAUGGAUGGAGAGGGAGCGAAUGUGUUCAUCAGCGCAUCUGAGCAGGUCCAACUGGAGGAGAAAACCAAUCGCCAGCUGCGACUCCGGGAACUGCUUCAGCAGCACUCCAAGAACGCUGCACUUAUCGUGCUUUCCAUGCCCGUACCACGAAAGGGAAUCGUAUCCGCCCCACUCUAUAUGUCGUGGCUGGAAAUGCUUACUAAGGAUAUGCCGCCGUUCUUACUUGUCAGGGGUAACCAAACAUCAGUGCUUACAUUCUAUUCUUAGGUCACUCAUCUCAAAACAUGAAUGGUCUCAUGAAGAUAACGAAAACAAUUGACUAUGCCUCGUACAGAUGAUAAUAAUGAAAAUACUCCAACCAAAUAUAGAUACAUAUACAUGC